GUAUUUUUUGUGAAUUUUUGCAUCUGUAGUGUAAAUUCUAUUUGUUGAUGAUUAAUAUUUAUAUAAAUUACAAUUUGUUUAUGAAAUAGUGAUAAAAACAAUAAUACACUAGUUAAAUCUGUUGAACAUAAUUGGCCUCAUUUAUUCUUGUGCAGUAAACUACACAAACACUUAUAAAAAACAACAAUAAAUAUAAAGGCAAGUUUAGUAAAGUUUACAGUGUUUUACUCUAAAAUCGAUUUAGAGAUAGUAGUGAUGGACAGUCAGGCACCAGCCGAUGGACAUUUAUUAGAUAUUGUUGAUAAUAGGUGGCGCGAGGAAGAAUUGCCAUUCGAUCAGAUACUUGUACCGGCUGAUAAAUUACCUGAUCCCGAGGCAGAUGGUGGCGAUUCUCAUUUAACCUUAAGUGAACAGGAACAAAAAUGGACUGAUUUAGCAUUGGGUUCAUUAGCACCUGAAUCAUCACUAAAUGAUCAACUAAAUUUAACAACUUUUUAAAAAUUAUAUAAAAAG